AUGGCGUCUAGGCGGUUGGUUGUUUCAGAGGUUCUCUGGUAUUUUUUUGAUAAUAAAAUAUUUGGCCCCAAAAUAACCACAAACCUAAUGAACUUUGACAUAUCCAUUGGCGGUAAUAUUAUUAAUAGAGUUCACUUGAUAAAAUUUUUAGGCGUUACUAUGAGCUCUGAUUUAUCAUGGAAAUUAAAUAUUGGCCAUUUAAAUGGAAAUAGCCUUGCCAAAAAAUAUAUUUUUGUGGCUGAUUCAAUAUCGGAAAAAGUUGGCAUAAUGGGCGAUAUCAACAUACAUCUUGAACAUCAAACAGAGGCGCAUGCCAUUCAACUUUCAACAAUGUUUGGUUAUCUUCAACAUGUUCAAACACCAAGGCACAACAAAGGUGGUUUGCUGGACAUCAUCAUCACCAGGUUUGAGUUCAGAGUUCACAACAUCAUCGUCGAUCCGCCAAUCAUAUCUGAUCACAGUUUGAUAUAUGGUUCGCUGGAUAUUGAACUACCUAAGUCAACAAAAAAGUUGGAGAUGGUUGAUCGUCGCACUAGAGAUCACGCUGACCUAAUUCGGCAGAGAUCAGAAUCGUUGAAGAAACAUAAACUGUUUGCUGCAAAAGAACAAGGUUAUUGGGAGUCGUUAAUUGCCUCAAACUCCGGAAAUUCUAAAGUGCUUUGGAGCAUUGUCUCAUCGUUAAUGGGUAAAAAAAACAGGCGCGUCAGAUAG